AUGGCUGCCAACGACUCUCGUCUAUUUACGCCUCUUAAAGUCGGCCGUCUGGACUUGGCUCACCGCAUCGUCCUGGCGCCAAUGACUCGCUUUCGAUCAGACGAAGCCCAAGUGCCACUGCCCUUUGUCAAGGAGUACUACCAACAGCGCGGCUCCACGCCAGGCACCUUACUCAUCACAGAGGGAACACUAAUUUCGGCGCGCGCAGGGGUCUACGCCUGUGCGCCAGGGAUUUAUUCUCCAGCGCAGGUUGAUGCAUGGAAGGAAAUCACCGCUGCAGUGCACGAGAAGGGAUCAUACAUAUUCCUGCAACUGUGGGCGUUGGGUCGUACCGCGACACCCGAACUCACCAAAGCUGCAGGCUACGACGUCGUAAGCAGCAGCGCCAAACGUCUGGAAGAAGCCAAUUACGCUGGCAGCGAGUACGCCACGCCGCGGGCCCUCAGCGAAGAAGAAAUCCAGCUGCACAUCAACGACUAUGUGCAGGCAGCCAAAGCGGCCGUGGAGGUGGCCGGCUUUGAUGGCGUGGAGAUACACGCUGCAAAUGGGUAUCUGAUCGAUCAGUUUACGCAGGACACGGUCAACAUGCGCACGGAUCGAUGGGGUGGCAGCGUCGAGAACCGGGCUCGAUUCGCCCUCGAGAUUACCAAGGCUGUUGUCGCGGCGGUGGGCGCUGAUCGAACGGCCAUCCGCUUCAGCCCCUACAGUGUGUUCCAGGGGAUGCGCAUGAAGAACUCGGAACUGGUGGCGCAGUUCACGUAUUUGGCCCAGCAGCUGGCGGCGUUCAAGCUGGCGUAUGUGCAUCUCGUAGAACCGCGCAUUUGUGGGUAUUACGAUAUAGAUAAUCCCGAUAACCACGAUGUGUCGCUGCGAUUCUUUGUGGAUGCGUAUGGCGAAGCGUCGCCGGUGAUUGUGGCCGGAGGUUAUACAGCCCAGACGGCGCGUGAGGCGCUCGAGGUCACGCACAAGGACCGGCCUGUGUUGAUUGCCUUUGGGCGCCAGUUUAUUUCUAACCCGGACUUGCCCUUUAGAUUCAAGGAGGGCAUUGAGUUGACCGCUAACGUGCGCAACAAGACAUAUGCGCCCAUGACGAAGGAGGGCUAUAUCGACUACCCGUUCAGCGACGAGUUCACUCGUUCCUUGGAGGCGGUGGCGUAG